UGUUGUCUCCUCUGUGCCGUGCACAGCGAGCAUUGAAGAGCGGAUGCCCUGGUUCAGCGUGGAGCUGAAGGGACAUCUUCAAACAGUGAUUGGAAGCUUAACUUUUAAACAGUUCCGGUGCGCCGCUCGUGGUCACGUGACCCACAACAGAAACCUAUGUUUUCCCCAGAAAUGAAAUCGAAACUCAGCUUUUCUCUGGAGUCAAGUUUCAUUUCACUUACAUUAGCAGCCUCUUGGAUUUUCCCCUCAUCUUCGUGGUGUAACAGUUCAGAAACGGACCUUACUGUAGGCUUUAUAAGCGAGCGACCUCAACGGUGUUUUUAUUUGUGGAGGCUGCGGGCAAACCGGAAAACCCUGCACGCUGGAUAACAGCUUUAGAUGUUGUUUUUUAAUGUUCUACUCUGCCACUGGUUCCGUCUUUAUUAAUGCAUUCAUCUGUAACGUAUAUUUUAUUGUUAUUGAGUCAUCGUUUAGUUGCCUAACCUUUAUGUGGAAUCUGGGAAAGCAAGGACGUACUUUACUACUUUCACUUUUUUUCAGCACAUCCGCUUAUAUUUUGAACUACUAUAGGGUCUCUCAGCGUGCAACUGGCCUGCCCUGACUCUGCAUUGGGGUAUUUUGUUUGCGUUAGAGGACAUACACUAAUACUAAAGCUGCACAGCCAGCAGCAUUGGCCCCCUUCGCACUCAACCCCUGCGCUAUGAGCAGAGGUAGAGGAGGGCCUUCCAAAGAACACUACUACAGGCAUCCCCCACCCCACUUGCAGGCCAAGGAGAACUUCUAUAGAUCUGACCCAGGCCUAGUCUAUCACAGAGCUGGGCCACAGCAGAUCCCACAUCCAAGUUAUUACAGUGAUCCUGCCUAUCCUGAAGUGCCCAUACAGCCCUCAUUUCCUCUCAACACUUACACCGCCCCCACACCAAGCCACAUUAAAGCGGUCCCAAAAUCUGUGGCCCAUUAUAGCUCACAUAACCCGAAUCACGGUGCAAGUCCAAGCCCUAACUCCUUUCAUGAUAAACAGAAAGAAUUCCUGACAGGACAGAUAUCUGAGGCUCCGCAGUUUAGAGCCGCUGUGAGAAGAGGAGGAGGAGGAGGAGGGGGAGUGGUACCCAACAGGGUACAUAGUUCUGGAUACCAGCCUCAGUCAGAGUACAGUAGAUAUCCAAACCCCAGCAGCAGCCCUAGGGGUAGAGGGAGCUAUAGCCAAGACCAGAGACCAUACCGACUUGGUGCAGGAACUUCAAGAGGUAAUCUAGCACCUCGACACUUGAAUCAAAGCCAGUUCCAAGCUAAAAAAUAUAACCAACACUCCAAUAGACAAUGGCGCACUCAAACAGACUCACUGUGUGACAAUUUUCACAGUUUGUUGCUCAACGACAGACCCGAAAGAGGAGGCGAAAGGUUUGAAAGACAUUCUUCAUCCACAAGCUCAGGAAAUUUGAGCUUUGCUAAAAGUAACAUCAGUCUCACACCUCAAAUACAGGACCAGGUACAUAAUGCUUUGGCUGCCUUAAAGCCAAUUGAAAGUAUUUCUGCUAAAGUGUUAGCCAAAAAAUUGCAUCUUCCCAAGAAGAUAGUCAACAAGGCUCUUUACUCUUUGGAACGCUCACAGAAAGCCUCCAAGCAAGGACUAACCCCUCCUGAGUGGACGCUAUACAGAGAACCUCUCAGAGGCGAGGAAGACCAAAACUUUCAAGUACAAAGCGCACCUUUUCAUCUGUUAACGAGUUCUGAACCUUCUCAAAAACCUGAAGAAAAGGUAGAAACAGAAAAGGUGGGCCAGGCCAAAGAAGAGGAAUCUGACACAGAAUCAAGCUCUUCAUAUUGCUUCUCUUUAGAAUUGUCUGACUCUGAAGAUUCCCAGUCAUCAGCAAAAGGUCAACACCACGAGAAGCAACAUCCCAGCACUACCAGCUCCCCUGAUCAGGAACUUAAAGGUGCUGUGAUGGCAGAACAGAAGGAAGUAGUUCUCAAAUAUCUUUUUCAUUCAGGGGAGGCAACAGCUCUUAACAUAGCAAAAAAUGUUGGACUCAAGACUGCCAAGCAGGUAAAUCCCACGCUAUAUGCCCUAGAGAAGCAAGGUGAAGUCAUUAAGAAUGGUGAAGUCAACCCUCCCACAUGGGAGCUCUCCACUCACCGUCGAGCGAGAAUGGAGAGAAGCCUCAAAGCUGCGCAGAGCACCCCAGCUUUGGUGGGUCAGAUUAAAGUAGAUGCCAGCAGCGAAGAGGAGGGAGCGAGGGCCAUCUUUUCCCCAUCUCCACUGCCACCAUUACCAGGCCUCGAGGUACUUACAGGGGGUUGGAUGCCAGAACAAAUUAGUGACGUGCCCCCCUCCUCUACCUCAUGUAAAACCGAAAACACCAGUGAAGGGCAGUGGUCCACUGAUGACAUCCCAGAAUUUCUCAAUGCUAUUCGCAGAGAGACAGAUGCUGAAAAAAAGGCAGCCGAGAAGGCCAAUGCCAUGGGGACUGUGGCUGUCUCGGUGGCUGCCCCGCCUCCCCAGAAUCUGUGGGCCAAAUUACAGGAGGUGAGGCUGAAGAACCCCGUCAGCGGCCUCAUGGAGUAUGCCCAGUAUCUGGGCCAGAACUGUGAGUUCCUGCUGCUUGACCAGUCAGGACCCUCCCACGAUCCCAGAUUUCGUAUGCAGGUGAUGCUCAACGGGAGGCUGUUUCCUGUUGCAGAAGCUUCCAGUAAGAAAGUUGCAAAAAAGGAUGCUGCUGCAGCCACACUGCGAAUUCUUGUCAAAGAGAUGCAAGGGGGGACGUGCAGCGAUGAGGAAAAUACAGGCAUUGUGGACCAGGUGAUGGAGCUACUUUCAGAUACCAGCGGGGGUGGUGAAACCACAGGAGGGAUUCUUGGGGCCAGUGGUUUGGAGGGACCUCACCAGCCCCUCUCCCGUUCUCUCCCUGGUGGGAAGAAUCCGGUGUCUGUCCUUAUGGAGUACAGCCAGCGCAGUGGGAAGCCCAUUGAAUUCAUCAACACAGGCCAGGCGGGUCCGCCGCAUGAUCCAAGGUUCAUGUACAGGGUGAAGAUAGGAGAGAGUUUGUUUGCAGAGGCCUCAGCUCCAAACAAGAAAGCAGCUCGUCAGCUGGCAGCAGAGGAGGCUGUCAAAGAAUUGAUGGCUGAUGGGAAACUGCAGCUCAACAAGCCUCAGUUGCCCCUGGGCCCUUCCAGUGACAGUGAUGGGGGGUUUUCUGGGGCAACAUGCCCCAGCUUGCCUCCACUUACUGCAGAUGAGUUGCGAGCAGCCCAUGAGGCAGGAGUCGGGGACCUCAUCAACCACCUUAACAAUAAUGCAGUGUCAGGUCUUCUGGAGUAUGCCAGAGCCCGGGGCUUUGCCGCUGAGAUCCGCCUUGUGGGCCAGUCUGGGCCACCCCAUGACCCUAAGUUCACCUACCAGGCCAAGCUGGGUGGACGUUGGUUCCCUCCCGUCUGUGCAUCCAACAAGAAGCAGGGAAAGCAGGAAGCAGCAGAUGCUGCACUGCGGGUUCUGAUUGGAGAAGCUGAGAGAGCAGCCCGCACUGGAGAGCUUACCCCAGCUGAGCUACCAGUGAGCGGCAGCACACUGCACGACCAGAUAGCAAUGUUGAGUCACCAGCGCUUCAACGCCCUGACCACACGGAUCCAACACUGCCUUCUGGGACGCAAGAUUCUGGCCACAAUCAUCAUGAGGAGGGGGGAGGGCCUGGGGACUGUUGUCAGCCUUGGAACUGGAAAUCGCUGUGUUAAAGGGGAGGAGCUGAGCCUUAAAGGGGAGACGGUUAAUGAUUGCCAUGCAGAAAUCAUCUCAAGGAGGGGAUUUAUUCGGUUUCUGUACAGUGAGCUGCUCAAGUACUACGAGGGCACAGACGACAGUAUAUUUGAACCGGCGGAGAAUAACAAACUACGGAUCAAAUCUGACAUCACCUUUCACCUCUACAUUAGUACGGCACCAUGUGGGGAUGGUGCUUUGUUUGAUAAGUCAUGCAGUGAGGCAGGGGAUGAAGCUGAAGGCCACCAGCCUCUGUUUGAGAAUGCUAAGCAAGGCAAGCUUCGCACUAAAGUGGAAAAUGGUGAGGGCACCAUCCCUGUGGAGUCAAGUGCAAUUGUGCCCACGUGGGAUGGCAUCCAGCACGGUGAAAGGCUGCGGACAAUGAGCUGCAGUGAUAAGAUCCUGCGCUGGAAUGUGGUAGGCCUGCAGGGGGCUCUGCUUAGCCAUUUCCUGGAUCCCAUCUACCUGAAGUCCAUCACACUUGGCUAUUUGUACAGCCACGGUCACCUGACACGCGCCGUUUGCUGCCGGCUGGCAAGAGACGGUGAAGCUUUUGCCCAAAGUCUCCCUUCUCCCUUCAAGCUGAACCACCCUGAGGUUGGCAGGGUGAGUGUGUAUGACUCCACACGCCACACAGGCAAGACCAAGGAGUCCAGUGUGAACUGGAGCUUUCCAGACCAGCACAGCGUCGAGGUGCUGGAUGGGACCAAAGGAAAAGUAGAUGGGACCAAACUGGCCAUGUCCCGUGUGUCCAAGUCCAACCUGUUCUGUCUUUUCCGCUCCCUGUGCCAGCGUAGCGGUCGCACUGAGCUUCUCUCCCUGCCCUCCUACGCUCAGGCUAAGAUGUCCGCCGUGUCCUUCCAGCAAGCCAAGCAACAGUUUUUCCAAGCGCUCAGCGCCCACGGCUACGGAGCCUGGAUAGGAAAACCGCUGGAAGAAAAGAGCUUCGAGGCUUGGGAGGGAAACGGGAACAAUGGGGCACCUGUGGGAAGCAGCGACAACGGAGGAGCGAUGGAGGUGUAGAACUGUGUUGAGUGCUUUAGAAAAUAAUGCAAAUGUGUGCAGAGAGGAAAAGGCAAAGUGCAAAAAAUGAUAAUCAAACAAUGUAAAGCCAGUGGUCACAGCUGUGUCUUCUGAUGAAACAAUAAAGGCUAAAGAGAGAGUGGAAGGAAGGGACACAAUAAGUAAGAGGAGUUGGUCGAGGGCAGACCCUAAAGGCUGAGUGAGGCUGACAUGACAUCGCUCCGCAGGGUGUACAGAAUAUUGUAAACACUACAUGCAAAAGAAUUAGUUUCAAGUCAGUAAACCAACAUCGCAGCCACCGCUACAGCGCUCAGACCAUUUGAGUUUCAGCUUUUCUUGGUCAUUGUUUGGCUUUAGUGGUUCUUACAUACUCAUUGUUCUACUUGAUGUGUAAGCUUAUAUGUGCAGAUUCUUUGCCCAUUGCGAAUGUCUGGACCCAAAUGGCUUGCUCACUUUGCAAAGGAGAGGAACUGCCUGGUGUGACCAGUGCCAUGUAGCAGUGUUUGUAAUGGUGAUUAAUUUCCUUUAUGGUGUAAGUCUGUCAUGAAGCACUUUCAUUUUCUGCUCCUUAUGUUUUACUGCAUGGACAUUUUUAGGACAGCGAUGACAAACAAUUGGAUACACUCUGCCAGAACUUUCUUUUUUGGAGGGGGCACACAGCAUUGAUUUUUAUUUUGAUGUCAAAUAAGAAAAUCAGUAUCAACUUUUACUGAUGCAUUCAAUUCCUGUAUAUACUUUAAAGUAUUCAGUCAGACUGUUUUUUUACUUAAACCAGCUGUUAAUUUAAACCAACCUUACAUCCACAAAUGUCCAUCUGCCAGCUACUGUUGCAGCUCUUCGAUCAGUAGAUUUCCUCCAAACAGUAGAAUAUUUUUGUCCUUUUUGUUCGCACAUGUCUUUUGAGUAUUCCCCCCCCCCCCCCACCUCUUCUGUCAAAAUGGUCAUCAGUAGCUGGGUGUGCUUUAAAAAUCCCAGGAAGCCUCUAGUGUCCUGCCCGCAGGGAAAGCCACUGUAUAUUUUAAACAAAUAUAUAAAUCUAAAUAAUAAGGUUUUCGGGCUCUGGUACGUGGGUAGUUGUUGAGGACUAAGUGGCUUCAGUUUUGUGUUGUUUGAUUUAGGUAGAUGAUGCAACAUAUACAUGAGGUAUAUACAAAUACAUGAACACACAGAUUCACAAUGGGUUCCAAAAGUCUAAGCCUGGUUACAGAAGCUUUCCUUCUCACGUCUUGCAUAUUUAAAAAAAAUAUAUAUAUAUUUUUCAAAAACUACAUUUACAGAAAGACUUGAAACGGCUGUUGUUUCCAUUCAACACACCUCAGAGUUUUCUGAAGAAUUUGAACAUGUCAAAGAUGUAACAUGACACAGGGUGUCACUCUUAGAUGUUUGUGAUUAAUGUCUGAUAACCACAGAGGUAAAGCUAUGCAAGUCAGCUCUCUGAUCCUUCAAAAGGUUCGGAGUAGCUUUGAUGCAUGUAUAGAGCCAUUGUUUUACAGGAAAAUAAAUCUCUUUUUGUCAGUG